ACUCCACUGCGCGGUCGCACUCCGCCCUGACUUCCCCUCUCCCCGCGGCCUGCUGCUGUGUGCAAUGAGCAGAAGAUGUCGGUGUCGGGGCUGAAGGCCGAAUUGAAGUUUUUGGAGUCAAUAUUUGACCCAAAUCACGAACGAUUCAGAAUAAUAGAUUGGAAACCAGAUGAACUCAGUUGCCAGUUUAACGUAACAGGGGAGAAGCUGCUUAUCAUUCACUGCAACAUUACGGAAUCCUAUCCAUCUACACCGCCAAUCUGGUUUGUUGACUCAGAUGACCCGAGCCUGGCUGAAGUUUUGGAGCGACUAGAAGAUGUUAGAAAAGGAAGCACACUGCUUCUUCAGCAGUUAAAGCGGCUAAUAUGUGAUUUGUGUCGACUGUACAACCUCCCACAACAUCCAGAUGUGGAAAUGCUGGAUCAGCCUUUACCAGCUGGCCCAAUUACACAAGAACGAAAACAUGGGCCAUCUGAUGAGGUGACAUCUGAGGAAGAAGAGGAGGAAGAAAUGGGAGAGCAGGACAUUGACCUGGACCAAGAUCUGGACCAUUACGAUAUGAAAGAGGAGGAGCCCGUGGAUGGAAAAAAGUCUGAAGACGAUGGCAUUGAAAAAGAAAAUCUUGCCAUUUUGGAAAAGAUCCGCAAGAACCAGAGACAAGAUCACUUAAAUGGGGCUGUGUCUGGCUCGGUGCAGGCCUCCGACCGUCUGAUGAAGGAGCUCAGGGAGAUUUACAGAUCACAGAGUUAUAAGACAGGUAUUUAUUCAGUUGAACUAGUUAAUGACAGCUUAUAUGAAUGGCACGUAAAAUUAAGAACGGUAGAUCCAGAUAGUCCUUUACAUAGUGACUUGCAGGUCUUAAAAGAAAAGGAGGGAGUGGACUACAUUCUGCUAAAUUUCUCUUAUAAAGAUAAUUUUCCCUUUGACCCACCUUUUGUACGGGUAGUGUCGCCUGUGCUUUCUGGAGGUUAUGUCCUUGGGGGAGGGGCCCUUUGUAUGGAACUUCUCACUAAACAGGGCUGGAGCAGUGCCUAUUCCAUAGAAUCUGUCAUCAUGCAAAUAAAUGCAACCCUGGUCAAAGGUAAAGCCAGGGUGCAGUUUGGAGCCAAUAGGAACCAGUACAAUCUUGCCAGAGCACAACAGUCAUACAAAUCCCUUGUGCAGAUUCAUGAAAAGAAUGGCUGGUACACACCACCCAAAGAGGAUGGAUAGGAAAUUCCUACCGCUAUGCACUGGGAAAUGCGUUUGGGUCAAACUUCUGGUCUUUUUUAUUUAUUUUUUUUACCAUGAUUUCCCCUUCGACUCACUGGGACUAUAUCAUCUUUUCUCAUGGAAACAUCUUGUUGACUCAAGUAUUCCUUUGUUUGCUUGGGGAAAGACUAUGAUCUGAAAAACACAUUGCUUGGCCUCAUGGUCUGAAAGAGGUGGGUGACGUGAGGCGAUCACUAGUCCUGUUUUAUACAAAUGCUCAUUUGUCUUUUAAAAACACUUCUCUUCAAGGGGAAAUGCUUUUUUCUGUUGCUGCUUGACAAACUGGGUUCCAUAAAGAGCCAGUUAUCCCAAUGUGAAACAGGAAUUUAAAUGGACAGUGAUACUGAAGCUCUUAAGUGACACCUCACAAACCUGUGUUUAUUUCUAUUAACUCUUUUCUGUUUUUUGCCGGGAAAUUAACAGGUACAUAAAUAUUGUUUUAUUUUUUAUUCUUUGAGAAGCCUAGACAAACUACACAAGCCAAUUUUAUAUUUUUGAAGGCUUAUAUAUUUUAAAUUGAGAUGACAUGCCACUCAGUAUGUUUUUAACAAGCUAAUGGGCCGAACAGAAUCAAACUGUCCACAGGGGCAAGCCCACAUGUCAUAUAGUGGAAUAAUUCAGAUUUCAAAAACAAGGCUUGUGGCAUCUCUCCAACUGAAGCUCUUUACCUUAUUUUCUUUAAACGUUUUUAUUCAGAUUCUCAUUUUUGUCUGUGAAGCCGUCAUAUGUGAUGGUAACCUGAGGCAAACAUAGAUAAUUGAGUUUUAGGUACAUAUGUAGGUGUGCAUAUAGUUUGUCUCAAUCAUUGAUGAAUCUAAUCUUUGUUCAUUUCUGUACCCAGUUGAAGUCCUGAUGUAUUUGGACAGUGACCAGAUAUUUACUGUCUGGUACAAAGAACAUAAUGAAAUCAAUUAUUAGGUAAAGUACAUAUUUUAAGAUGUUUUUUUUUUCAAGUCUAGUUGUUUACAAAUGUGGAAACAAUAGAUCAAAAUGGUCAUGCACAGUUUAUAUUUUAAAGGACAAAUUAAUAUACUAAUUUAUCUUGGCUGUUUGAGGUUCCUUAGAAAAUCUUAAGGUGAAUCAGAUCAUGUUUAAGAUGCAUUCAUUCACUGUCUAAAUAUUUAUGGACCCAACUACAUAAAGACGUUCGUAUCGUCAUUCAGUAGGGUUAGAGGCACAUGGCUGUACAGCAUGAAUUCCUUUGCCAAUAUAAACCACACUGAUCAUGCAAUAUAUUAUCAAUCAAUGCACUGUUUGGCAUACUAGGGACACUCACUGCAUUGGUGUUCUUUGCAGUUUAAAAUGCAACUGCACGAGUAUGUUUGAAUGGCAACUCAGGUAAAAUAAAUUGAGGCUUUAUGGAAAUGUGCAAAGGUAAAUAAAUUACAGAUUCAUUUUCUGUGUGAUUGGCAUAAUAAAACAGGAUACCAGAUGGCUAUUGCUUAAUGGGGCUCUCAAAAACUGUACCUGUAUUAUAAUUUUGCCUUUUUCUUGUGAGAUUCAUAACAAUGUGUGAUCUGAACUAUAUAAGAAUUUGCACAACUGGCUACAAGUGUGCCUGCAAAGGUCAAUAACAGAGGUUGUCAUAAUCCUAACAACUAAUAUAUUCAAAUGUCCACUGCUCAAUGUUAAUGUCGUGACACGCAUAAGAAGCUGAGGGGGAACGCUAAAGGUAUUUAAAGCUAAAAAGGUAGAUCUUGAAUUGUGUCCUCUCCUUCAAUGCCAAAAGUCAGAGGCAUUCUAGAUUGGGUUAUUGGACAUUCUGGGGUGAAUUGUCAAACUGGACUGGGUGUUCUAUGUUGUUAAUACAUUCAUUUUCUCAUGCCAACAAAAGUAUGACAGAUGGCGAAAUCUAGCACUGUUGUUGGUUUGCUUUGUUUUUUUCUUUUUAUUGUUUUUUUUUUUUUCAUUUGAAAACAUUUUGACCAUGUGUACAGUAAUUUGUAAACUUGCAUCAAGUUUAUGAAUAAAGAAUUUUAAGAUUA